GGAUAAUGCGCCGAGCUGAAGCGGCAGCUGUGCGAACACAGACCGAACCACUGGGCCCGUGAGGGGGAUAUAAGGAGCCAUUUUCUACAUGUUAUCGACACGGCCAGGUAAUCGUGAAAAAUGGAGGGAGGAAAUUUUGGCUACUCCCGGGACUAUCUUGACCGCUUCAUCCAAAGCCAAGACUCGUCUGUGGUGAACAAGUUCCAGCAGAAGUACUGGAAAACCAAACAGACGCUCAUCAAGGUCACCGGGAAGAAAGAGGACGAACAUGUGGUGGCAUCAGACGCAGAUCUGGAUGCCAAGCUGGAGGUCUUCCACUCCAUCCAGAGAACAUGCAUGGAGCUGCUGAAGGUCAUCGAGCAGUACCAGAGGAGGAUCUGCUUUCUCUCCCAGGAGGAGAACGAACUGGGUCGCUUCCUGCGCUCUCAGGGCUCGCAGGAUAAGACCAGAGCUGGAAAGAUCAUGCAGGCCACAGGGAAAGCACUCUGCUUCUCCUCCCAGCAGAGAUUGGCUCUGAGGAACCCUCUGUGCCGUUUGUACCAGGAGGUGGAAACUUUUCGCUAUCGAGCCAUCUCAGACACGUGGCUGACGGUGAACCGAAUGGAGCAGUCGAGGACUGAGUACCGCGGGGCGCUGCUUUGGAUGAAGGAUGUGUCUCAGGAGCUGGACCCAGAUACGCAUAAACAGAUGGAGAAAUUCCGCAAGGUUCAGGCCCAGGUGCGCACCACCAAAACAAGCUUUGACAAAUUGAAGAAUGACGUCUGCCAGAAAGUGGACCUGCUGGGAGCCAGCCGCUGCAACCUCCUCUCUCACGUUUUAACCAUGUAUCAGACAACACUUUUGCACUUCUGGGAGAAGACAUCCCACACUAUGGCAGCCAUUCAUGAGAGCUUCAAGGGCUGUCAGCAUUAUGAGUUCUCCGCACUUAAGACCUUACAAGACCCCACGGACAAGCUAGCUAAGAAGAAGGGGAAGAAAAAAAGUAAAGCAGAGGCAGAGGACGGAAAGAAAGCUGAGGCCACAGACGACCAACUCAUCUCACUAGUAAAUGAAAACACCAGCGAUAAGCCCAGAGAAGGAAAUGAAGACCCUCUCUCAGCCUACUCAGACAUAGAGGGAGAGGAGAAGGACAGCAUGGCCUUACUCAAUGAGAUCCUGGGUGGUAUGUCUGUGGAUGAGGGUGACUUCUCUCGAGAGUGGACGGAGGUGUUUGGAGACACUGAGGAGGGAACAAGCACAGCGUCCGGGAAGCCGGCGGAGGCCCAGCAAAGGGAAAACGCCUUCUUUCUACCAUCUCAGCUGCUGGACCAGAGCUUGAAUAAUCUGCCGUCUUCCCUCUCAGAUUGGGCCGGCAACGCUCCACAGCCCGUUGCCCAGACAACAGAGCCCUCAUCUGGAGCCAAUCAGAACCCCUCUAAGCCAGCAGGGAAAGAGACAGCAGGGACGCCCAAAGACCUCUCAGCGUGGUUCAACCUGUUUGCUGACUUGGACCCUCUCUCCAAUCCCGAUGCGGUGGGCAAAACCGACACAGCGCACGAACUUCACACCGCAUAGUUCUUCCUCAGAGUCACGAUGAUCUCCUCUCAAAUGGGCACCUUUUUUUUUUUUUUUUGUGGGAACAGCAGCAUAUUGCCACCACUGUGACCAAUCUGCUCUAGAGCUGAAACAGUUAUGCAAAUUAUCUGUUAGUCAUUCAAAUGAAAAUUUAUCUGCAACUACUGCAAUAAAAGAUUAGUUAUUUCAGUCAAUUUCAAGCAAAAAUGCCAAAUAUUUACUGGCUUCAAGUGUUUAAAUGUCAAGACUUGCAGUUUUUUUUUGGUCAUAUACGACAGUAAACUGAAUAUCUUUGGCUUUUGACCUGUAGGUCGCAUAAAGUAAGCUAUCUGCAUUUUCAUUUAUUUUACAGAUAAAAGGUAAUAAUCAGCACAUUAAUCAGUAAUAAAAAUAAUCACUAGUCAAAGCCUUAAGUGGAUCCUUUUCUAAUUAUAAGAAUAUAUAAAUGUUUCUUAUUAUAAAAAGAUUCACUGACAUGUUGUUAUAACAAGAACGAGAAAUAUUCUCAUUUCUUUCUCAUGGUGGCAGCAAUACGCUGCUGUGAGUGGCCCCACUAACAACUAUCAGCUCAUGUCCUUUCCAUUGUGAAAGAAAAGAAACAUGUACAAGACGACCUUAUAAAGCCUGUGGGCUAAUUCACUGGGUUAAGCGUUUAAUGUCUAGCAUGGAUACCUCAGUUUGAGUUUGGAACAAUAAGCCUUUGACAUUAGCUGCCUUGGAAAUCUUGUAGUCUCUCGUAGCAUUCACUGCUUUAUUUCUGAUUCUCAUUACUGGAGAUUGCAAACAGGCAAAACUACUUAGUGAGAAACAACAGUGGGGGAAAAAAAAAGCAAAAUGACAAAGAUCCCAGUGCAAUAGUUCAUGUCUUUACAAAACAGUGUAACAUGCCUAGUGAAGGAAAGUCACAGGUAAAUAUUCAAAAGUAUAUUUUUCUGCCAUAGAUCGAUUCAGCUGACGGCGAAGAGAUUUUCCUUUUUAACAUCACUGCUCUUAAAUUGGUUUGCUACAUGCUGUAUUUGUGAAUAUAAUCCAUAAGUGUGACCCUAGAAUUUGUCAUUAGGUAAAACUACACAUAUCACUUACUCAUUUAUUACUGCAUGUCGCAUGCCUUGUUUUAUGUUACCCAGUAACAGUGUGAUUGAAUGAACAAUGUGUUUAUAUUAAUGUGUGAUUUUUUCAUCUAUAUAUGUAUUUUAUCAUUUGGACAUGUAUUUAUUUAUCAUUCACAGUUAUUGGCUUUCAAGGGCAAUACAUGCAGUUUUCAGUGUAUUGUUUUCUAACUAGCUGGAAGGUUCCAUGAAAUCACAGAAAUAUGAUCAUAUUAUACUGAUUUUGACUACAAUGCUGCAUAAAUUGAUAUAUAUCAGAGUCAAUGCCUUAAUCUAAUCACAAGCCAACUGUAUUGAACCUCAUUCGAGUUAUUAUGGGAUUCCUUAUACAGUAUAUUACAACUGAGUGUAAAUUUAUUUUGUUGUAACUUAGCCUUGUGUCAUUUUUGAUGUUCAAGCCAUGAGACGUUUGUUAAUGUUUAAUCAUAACCAAAUACAUUGAUUGCCUUACCUUGAAUCCUAUUUGUCUAUAAAUGCCAUGCUUCUGGAUACUGAUGUUAUUGGUUGAUGGAUCUGCCUACAGACUUUGUAAAGGACUACAUAUCAAAUCAAAGAUUUCUUUUUUUUUUUGUUUUCUUUAUUGAAAAACACACACAAGAUCUACAUAAAAAUGCGCAACACACAGGAAAACUGAAUCAUCAUUGCCGAACAUGGCAACCAUUUCUUAA